AUGGUCCGCCUGCGGGAGAUCCCCCGGACGGCCACCUUUGCCUGGUCUCCUGGCGCCGCGCCGCCGCUGCUCGCCACCGGUACCAGGGCCGGCGCUGUCGACGCAGACUUCUCCAAUGAGACACAGCUGGAGCUAUGGGACCUUGCUCUCAACUCUUCCGAGCAGCCCGUCGAGCUCCAGCCCGCCGCCAGCAUAAGUCUGGAUUCGAGGUUCCACGACAUUGCCUGGAGCCAGCCCGAUGAAUCUCGCCCAAGGGGUAUAAUAGCAGGAGCUCUGGAGAGUGGAAACCUGGAUCUCUGGGAUGCGCAGAAGCUUUUGGAUGGUUCCAGCGACUCGGCCUUCCUGUCCCGCAUCUCGAAGCACACCGGCGCCAUCAAGGCCCUCCAGUUCAACCCCUUCAAGCCCGAGCUGCUCGCCACUGCCGGCGCAAAAGGCGAGCUUUACAUCCACGACAUCAACAGUGACAGCCCCUUCCGCCUCGGCAAUACCGCCGCCCGCGCCGACGAUUUCGAGGCUCUUGACUGGAACAAGAAGGUUCCUUACAUCCUGGCUACCGGCAGCAGUGGAGGCUUCGUGACUGUGUGGGAUCUGAAGACAAAGAAGGAGAACUUGACCUUGAACAACUACGGAAGGAAGGCUGUCAGCGCCGUGGCAUGGGACCCCGAUGUUCCUACGCGCCUGAUCACUGCGGUGCCCAACGACCAGGACCCUCUGAUCCUUAUGUGGGAUCUAAGGAACUCCAAUGCCCCCGAGCGCGUCCUCAAGGCCCACGACCAGGGCGUGCUGUCCCUGUCUUGGUGCAACCAAGAUAGUGACUUGCUUCUGUCGUGCGGCAAGGAUAACCGGACCAUCUGCUGGAACCCCCGCACUGGCCAGCCCUUCGGCGAGUUCCCCGUCGUCACCAACUGGACCUUCCAAACCAAGUUUCAUCCUCACAAUCCGGAUCUCCUCGCAACUGCCUCGUUUGACGGCCGGAUUGCUGUCCAGACGCUGCAAAACACGAAGCAAGAUGCAGACGCUGCUGCUGCCGCGGUAGCUCCCCUCGACGGCGAGGAUUUCUUUGCGAGAGCGCAGACCCAGCCUCAAGUGUCGACAUUCUCGCUUCCCCACCCCCCCAAGUGGAUGCGGAGGCCUGUUGGCGUUUCCUUUGGAUUUGGUGGGAAAUUGAUUAAGCUCGGGCACGACGCUGCGACCAAGAACUCUAAGAUUAGCAUUUCUACCUUUGCUGUUGAUCCCGCGGUUGGUGAGGCGACGCAGAAGUUCGAGGAGUCCCUGCAGAAGGGUGAUUUGGCAAGCAUUUGCGAGUCAAAGGUUACCGAGGCUAGGACCGAGGAGGAGAAGGCGGACUGGACGGUCAUCGAGACUUUGAUUUCUGGCAAGGCUCGCUCUAAGCUCGUGGAUUACCUAGGCUUCGGGAAGACGCCAAGCACGGAGCCAGCGGAGGAGGAGAAAAAGGAGGUCCAGACAAACGGCACGACGGAAGGCGACGAGGCGUCUUUCUUCGACAAGGCUGGUGACAGCGACGAUUUCCUGUCCAACUUGGCUGCGACGAAGGGUGUUAAAACCAACAAUCCGUUCAAGAUUUACACUGGCGAGGAGUCGGAUGCUGACAAGGACAUCACGAACGCGCUCAUGCUCGGCAAGUUCGAGCAAGCUUUGGAUGUCUGCUUGAAGGAGGACCGUCUGUCGGAUGCAUUCAUGAUCGCCAUCUGUGGUGGCCAGAAGUGCAUUGACAAGGCUCAGGCGGCCUACUUCAAGAAGAAGGCGGACGGCCCGAACUAUCUUCGUCUGCUCGCCUCUGUUGUUGGCAAGAACCUUUGGGACGUUGUCUACAAUGCGGAUCUCGGAAACUGGAAGGAGGUGAUGGCAACUCUUUGCACUUACGCGGAUGAGUCCGAGUUUCCUGACCUUUGCGAGGCUCUUGGUGAUCGUCUGGAGGAAUCCAUCGAAGAGGGAUCUGAUUUAGGGAGCCUUAGGAAGGAUGCCUCUUUCUGCUACUUGGCUGGAUCCAAGCUGGAGAAGGUUGUGGGCAACUGGGCUCAGGAGCUUCAGGAGAGCGAGGACGCUAGCAUUGAGCAGAAGGAGGGCGACAACGCUUUCUCGAUCCACGUACAGUCACUGCAGAACUUCAUCGAGAAGGUCACCAUUUUCAGGGAGGUUACCAAGUUCCAAGAUUCGGAGCGCUCUAAGACGGAUGACUGGAAGCUUGCCCCGCUUUACGCCAAGUACGCGGAGUACGCCGACGUUGUUGCCUCGCAUGGCCAGCUAAGCAUUGCUGAGAAGUACCUGGACCUCCUCCCCGAUCAAUACCCGGCUGCGGACGUUGCCCGGAGUCGUGUCAAGCAAGCUACCCGCAAGGUUGCUGCUGCUCAGCCCGCCCACCAGCGAACAGCCACCACUGCGUCGGCAACGCAGAGAGGACAGCGUGUGGUUCCUGCUUAUAACCCUGUGGCUGCUGCUACCCCGACGCCUAUAGCCAACGCGUAUGCCCCGACGGCUGCGGCUAAUGCGUACGCCCCAGCAGGCGUUGCCGCCCCACCGCAACCUAUCUCCCAGUAUGCACCUCCUGGUGCCGCCACCAAGGCAUACACCCCUACUGGUUACCAGCCUCCUCAGGCUAGCAUUCCUAAGCCAAACCCUUAUGCUGGAUAUGGCGGUUACCAGCCUGCGCAAGCGGCUGGCAUCGCUCCCCCUCCUCGCAACUUUACUUCGUCCCCAGCCGCUCCUCCCCCAUCCCAGGCUGCCAAUGCGGGCCAAUGGAACGAUCUGCCUGAGGAUUUCGCGAAACCCAAGCCGCCAACUUCUCGUCGUGGAACCCCAGGUGUUGCCGGCGCCAUCAGUUCCCCGUUCCCCGGCGGAGUCAUGUCUCCCCCGCCUGGGACUUCUCACUUCAUGCAGCAACAGAAGGCAACCCCGCCGCCUCCCCCUAAGGGCCCUCCGCAGGGACCUCCUCGUGUCACUUCUCCCCUGGCUGGCGCGAACUCUCCCACUGCUGCCGGCUUUGACGCAUCGAGAAGAUCGUCGGCGGCUGCAAACGCCUACGCUCCUCCCCAGCCUACCCAGCAAUUUGCCCCGCCUCAAGCCACUCUCCCCCGUGGCCCUUCCCCUUACAACCCUCCUCCGACAACUGCGCCACCUACCAACCGUUAUGCCCCGGCUCCCAACGCUCAGCCUACACCGCCUCCUCAAAUGGCUGCGCCACCCAGGCAGGUUGCCCCCAACCCUUACGCACCUCAGCCGUCGUUCGGUGCGCCGUCGCCGGCCCAGACUCCUAUCGCUCCUCCGCCAGGAACCACGCAGGCGUAUGCUAUGCCACCGUCUUCUGGUCCCCCUCAAGGACCGCCACGUGCUGGUCCGCCUCCGGGCGGUCCUCCCAGGGCUGGACCUCCGCCGGGUGGCCCUGUGCCUGACUCAAGGCCGGACACUGCGCAGUCUAACCCCACCCCUCCUGCUCCCCCGCCGAAGGCUCAGUACCCCGCUGGUGACCGCACGCACAUCCCGGACACCGCAAAGCCCAUCUUCGAGAUUCUCAGCUCGGACAUGGCACGUGUCAAGUCGCGGGCGCCGCAGAACUUCAUGCCUCAGGUUAUCGACACUGAGAAGCGGCUGAACAUCCUAUUCGACCACCUCAACAACGAAGACUUGCUCAAGCCCGACACGGUAGAUGAGAUGGUCCAGCUGUCGCAGCACAUCGCGAACCGCAGCUACGACGAUGCUCAAGCCCUCUUCACGGGACUGAUGAAGAACAAGAAUGAUGAGGGUAGCAACUGGAUGGUUGGUGUUAAGCGCUUGAUUCAGAUGAGCAGGGCCACGCCUGCUUAA